AUGAAUCCCUGGAUGAUUGGUCUCACCAUUGUGGCUAUAGGUUUGGUUUUGGCACUUGUCAUUGGUCUCCCUGUUCAUUUUUUAGUAUUCGAUCGAAAGCCACACUACUACCAAACCUCCUUCAGGGUACCUGGUAUUGAAUAUAGCAAAGAACUGGAGCCAGACCAUUCUGAAGUUAAAACAAGGAUCACCAAUCGGGUAGAUGAUAUUUUUAGAAAAUCCAAUUUAAAAGGAUACUACAUCAAUUCUCAUGUUGUCAGAUUCAGUCCGAGCGCUGAUAGUGUGAAAGCAGAUGUAUUGCUUAAAUUUCAAUUUGCUUAUGCCAAUAAUGAAAACACAAUAAAAAAGAUGGCUGAAGAGAUUUUGAAUGAGAGCCUACGUGAUGGAACACAGUUCUUGGAAGUGGAUGGUUCCUCAUCUUAUCUUCAAGCCAUCAAUACAGCAAAAGCAGAACACCUUAUACAUAGUGGUUGUGGGAUGGGAAUAGACCCUUCAUUUCUCACUGAAAGAAUUUCUAAUAGUGGAACAUUCUCACAGAAAGCUUCUUGGCCAUGGCAAGCUAGCUUGCAGGUGGAUAGAUAUCAUAUCUGUGGUGCUUCUCUGAUUAGUGACCAGUGGCUGCUGACUGCAGCUCAUUGCUUUAAUAACAAUAAAAACCCACGACGAUGGACUGUUACUUUUGGAACAACUCUCCGUCCUGCCCUGAUGAGGCGAAAUGUUCAGUCAAUCAUUAUUCAUGAAAAUUAUGCCUCCUACAAACAUGAAGAUGACAUUGCUGUUGUACUUCUUUCCACUCCAGUUACUUUUUCAGAAGAUGUCCGAAGUGUAUGUCUCCCAGAAGCUACUUUUGAAGCUUUGCCCCACUCUGCUGUGGUUGUCACUGGAUGGGGAGCAUCUAGAGAAAGUGGUCCAAUUCCAAAUAAAUUACGAGAAGCCAAAGUGGAAAUCAUAAGCAAGGAUGUCUGUAACCAAAGAGAUGUCUAUGGUGGAGCUGUAUCAUCAGGAAUGAUAUGUGCAGGAUAUUUAUCAGGAAAAGUCGAUGCUUGUGAGGGUGAUUCUGGAGGACCACUGGUUAUACCAGAGAAUAGGAUCUGGUACAUUAUUGGAAUAGUAAGCUGGGGAAUAGGCUGUGGAAAAGUAAACAAGCCUGGACUCUAUACUAAAGUGACCCGUUAUCGGGAUUGGAUCAAAUCAAAAACUAACAUCUAA